AAAACCGUAAAGUUGAAGUACCAAAUGCUAAAUAACCAAACUUCCUUUACGAGUUAGGUCUUUCCCAAAUUUGUAUGAAUUAGGGUUUUGUGAAAAACAACUGCGUCUUCGAGAUUCUGCAACACACGAAGGAAAAAUGUCUAAGAAGAACGAUCUCGCAAAGAGAAAGAGGCAACACGAAUUCGAACUCCGAAGAGAAAAACUCGAGAAAGAGAAGAAAGAUAAGAAGCUUCAGGCGAAGAAAAACAAGAUGAAAGUUGAUGGUAGUGACAGGAAAAAGAAGGGUGGAAGUGGGUUUCAGGUGGGAAAAAAGAAAGUGAAGACCAAGGUAUCUGCUUUGUCUAAAGCUAAAGCUGCACAGGCAAUGGAGCUUGAUAAAUAAAUAAGCAUAAGCUUUGUGACGUCAAUUUAAUGCAUUUUGUUUUGAGCUAUUUGACUACGAGGGUGUGAGAUGUAUGUUAGGAAUAGCUAAUUUGGUUGUAGUUCUGUCCUCUCGCAAUUUUGUUUCUAGUUUUAUCUUUCCAUUGAUGAAAUUUUCUAGUUAUGAAUGGAAAACAGAAUUAUUCACGUCAUGAAA